AUGGUCUUCCACAAGUUAGUCAAGAACAGCGCGUACUACAGUCGCUACCAGACCAAGUACAAGCGCAGAAGAUCCGGAAAGACCGACUACUACGCCCGCAAGCGACUGAUCACCCAGGCCAAGAACAAGUACAAUGCGCCCAAGUACCGCCUGGUGGUUCGCUUCACCAACCGCGACAUCAUCAUGCAGAUCGUCACCUCCGAGAUCUCUGGCGACAAGGUCUUCUGCGCCGCCUACGCCCACGAGCUCCGCGCCUACGGUAUCGAGCAUGGUCUGACCAACUGGGCCGCUGCCUACUCCACUGGUCUGCUGAUCGCCCGCCGUGCCCUCAAGAAGCUCGGCCUCGACGAGACCUUCACCGGUGUCGAGGAGCCCGAUGGAGAGUACACUCUGACCGAAGCCGCUGAGGAGGACGGCGAGGAGCGCCGACCCUUCAAGUGCUUUCUCGACGUCGGUCUGGCCCGUACCUCUACUGGUGCCCGUGUCUUCGGCGCCAUGAAGGGUGCUUCCGAUGGUGGCAUCUUGAUCCCUCACUCCGAGAACCGAUUCCCCGGUUACGACAUGGAGUCCAAGGAGCUGGACGCCGAGACCCUGAAGAAGUACAUCUACGCUGGUCAUGUUGCUGAGUACAUGGAGACUCUGGCCGACGACGAUGAGGAGCGAUACAAGUCCCAGUUCCAGAAGUACCUCGAUGACGAUAUCGAGGCUGAUGGUCUUGAGGAGAUGUACACCGAGGCACACGCUGCCAUCCGCGAGGACCCCUUCAAGAAGGCCGACGGCGAGGGCCCCAAGAAGAGCAAGGAAGAAUGGAAGGCCAUUACCAAGAAGCACAUGAAACCCAAGUCCACCAAGGCGGAGAAGGAGGAGAGAGUCAAGGCUAAGAUUGCUGAGCUCCGUGACGAAUAG